AUGUUCACUGUCAGCAAGCUUACAGGUUAUCAUACAGGCUUAUCAGCAAGCUUACAGCGUGAACAGAAUAACAAAUGGAUAAGGAUUGAAGUCAAAAAGCAAGGAGAUUUAUUAGGAAUCGAUUUGUGUAUAAUUUCACAUUGUAACAUAGGGACCGGAGACGAUUGCAUAUCUAUUGGAGGCGGUUCUAAGAAGCUGAGAAUCAAUGACAUUAUUUGUGGCCCUGGUCAUGGGAUAAGUGUAGGGAGUUUAGGGAAGCAUGGCGAUUAUGAUGACGUCGAUGAUGUUGAAAUUAUAGGUGCUGUGUUCACUGGCACGACGAAUGGUGCUAGAAUUAAGACAUGGCAGGGCGGAAAAGGGUAUGCUAGGAACAUAAGGUUUGAGCAUAUACUCUGUCAGAAUCGCGAUAAUCCUAUAAUUAUUGAUCAGUUUUAUUGUGAUCAUGAAAAGUGCGAAGAUCAUGAUUCGGCUGUGAAGGUGAGUGAUGUGAAAUUUGUGAAUGUGAUGGGGACGUCGAAAAGAGAGACCGCGGUGAAGAUAGAAUGCAGCAAAACAGUGCCAUGA